AUGGAGGCUCCCAAGGUCAAGAUGCCAGACUUGUGCUUGCUCUUGCUCAUGGCACUCAUGUUGCUUCCUGGGUCCGAAGAUCAUACCUGCGCGACGGUCAGCCAGACCUACAUUACUCUCUUAUGUGUGCGUGAUACGUGCGUCAAGAACUGCCACAGCGAGGGCUACACAGGAGGGAAGUGCGUGAUCACCUCCUUGGAACCUCCGAUGUUAGUCUGCUUCUGCAUGAAACCCUGCUGA